UUGGUCCUAAAAUUGGUGCAGGGGGUCAAGAUAAAAUUGUUGAUAAAAACAAUGCAUUUAAUAAUAUGCGACGUGCUUUAAUACGAUUUGAUGAUUAUGCAAAUGUAUUUACUUUGGUUAUGGACACUGUAUCUCGACUAUCAAAUUUUCAACCUACACAAACUGCAGAUCCAUCAACAUGCAUUGAAAUUGAAGGGAAAAAAUUAUUUGAACCAUUAUACCUAUUUCCUACAACAGAUGUUAUGACUAUAAAAUUAAACAUUUUAGAAACAACAAAGUUGGAAGAUGCCAUUCAUCCUUCUAUUCUUUAUCAAUAUGGUCAGCCAAUGUGGGGUGCUCAUAUUGAAAAACGAGGAUACAAAGAAAUGAAAACCCACCUUCAAAGGCUUGUGCAUCUUGCAUCUAACAAAAUUUUAGGGGGAAGAGUUAUUGAGAAUGUUGAGAAACUUGACCAUGCAUCAGCAUUGGCAAUUCUUGCUAUCCGUAUUUCCUUGAAUGUAUCACCACUUUCUCAAUUAUCAACUGAGUUGGUUGCUAGUCAUAUGUGUGUGUGUGGUUUUGUUUCACAUGAUCGAAUGCUGGUGACUAGCAAUUAUUUGAUAGAGCCGAUUUUAGCAGAAGCAGCUGCAGGAUUGAUGGAAGACUUUUCUCUCCAUACUCUUCUUGAUCAUCUCCUGAAAGCCAUACAUAGUGGUAUGGUGGAAGCAGACUUUCGUGGUGAACUUGGUGCAUGUAUUAUAUUGAUGAGAGCUUGGGAUGUUUGUGCACAUAUUUGCAAACUUGGUACUAUUGCCAAUCAUUAUUCAUUCCCUGUCACAAUUUCUAAAUUUAUGAAUGCUCUUUUUGGAAUUGAUUUUGUUAAAUUUGUAAUGGAACAAAAAAAACAGCAAGAAAUUCCAGAUGAUGAAUAUGGAUUGUCUAGUGGCCAUCUUUUCAAUCAAAAUGAUGUUGAGAACUUGGCUGAUGCCAAAAUUUUCUUCACAAGCUUUGUAGCCAUCACAUACACACCAACUAAAAAGGACUUACUUCAAUUUUUGAUUCGUGGCACUGCAGUAAUAUGCAAAUGGAAUCAGAAAGGGGUUGAUUUUAUAAUACCUGCAUUGUUGAAGAAAAGAAGUGAUUAUUUUCUUGAUGAGGAUUUUGUUUCUUAUAUUCUCAUAUCUGUUAAAAACAGAAAGUAUGAUGAUGAAUUCACAGAAUCAACUAUGCCAAAAUUGACACCUACAUUUUCAGAAAUUGAUGAAGAUACUAAUAAACCAUAUUUAUCAAUAUAUAUGCAGCUUGGAUUAGAACAUAGUUCACUGAGUCUAGCAAAGGAAUUUGGAAUAAUGACAUCAUCACAACAGCAGCUUGCAAAAGAAAUUAUGGAGAAUGAAGAAAAUUUUCAAAAAAAACACAAGACUAAAAAGGAAACAGAUAAAUUUGGUAAUAAGAAUGUAACCAGGACAAAAGAACUAGUCAAUUAUUUGCAUGAAUUACUUUAUGCAUGGCCUGAUCCUGUGGAACAACAAGAUAGUGAUGAGAAAAAGAAUUUAACAAAGGACAUGUUUACUUUAAUUUACAAAUGA